GGAGUCUGGGUGACAGGAAGCAAGAAGCCUGUCAAACCUAUUGCUUAGCUGCCAGAUUAACCUUGUCUUAAAAACGUGAUAGCCCUUUGUGCUAGUCAGUGUAAGGAAGACAAAAUUCUUUGGAAACCUACCCAGUGGGUUUGUCUUUCAGAUUUGAUAGGACGCAAAAGGCAAGGGGGGAACAUGGGAAAAGGAAGAUUUGAUGAAAAAGAAAAUGUGUCCAACUGCAUCCAGUUGAAAACCUCGGUUAUUAAGGGUAUUAAAAAUCAAUUGAUAGAGCAAUUUCCAGGUAUUGAACCAUGGCUUAAUCAAAUCAUGCCUAAGAAAGAUCCUGUGAAAAUUGUCCGAUGCCAUGAACACAUAGAAAUCCUUACAGUAAAUGGGGAAUUACUGUUUUUUAGACAAAGAGAAGGGCCUUUUUAUCCAACCUUAAGAUUACUUCAUAAAUAUCCUUUUAUCUUGCCACAUCAGCAGGUUGAUAAAGGAGCCAUCAAAUUUGUCCUCAGUGGAGCAAAUAUCAUGUGCCCUGGCUUAACUUCUCCUGGAGCUAAGCUUUACCCUGCUGCCGUAGAUACUAUUGUUGCAAUCAUGGCAGAAGGAAAGCAACAUGCUUUGUGUGUUGGCGUCAUGAAGAUGUCUGCAGAAGAUAUUGAGAAAGUCAACAAAGGAAUUGGCAUUGAAAAUAUCCAUUAUUUAAAUGAUGGGCUUUGGCAUAUGAAGACAUAUAAAUGAGCCUCAAAAGGAAUGUGCUUGGGCUAAAUAUGGAUACUGUACUAUAUCUGUGUUUGUGUCUGUGUGUGACAGCAUGAAGACAAUGCCUCUGUGCUUAUGCUGAAUAAAUUCUAUGGAUGCUAAAAUUCUAUUAGCUUCA